CGCCCCCCCGUGCCUGGCGUGGGGCUCCCUGUGGCUGCGCCGCGGCGGCCGCUGCUGAGACAAGAUGGCGGCCCCGGGCGAGUACUUCAGUGUGGGCAGCCAGGUGUCGUGCCGGACCUGCCAGGAGCAGCGGCUGCAGGGCGAGGUGGUGGCCUUCGACUACCCCAGCAAGAUGCUGGCGCUCAAAUGUCCCUCUUCCAGUGGAAAGCCCAACCACGCAGAUAUCCUGCUCGUAAACUUACAGUAUGUUUCAGAAGUGGAAAUAAUUAAUGACCGCACGGAAACCCCUCCUCCUUUAGCUUCACUCAAUGUUAGCAAGCUUGCCAACAAAGCACGGACGGAGAAGGAAGAGAAGAUGAGCCAGGCAUAUGCAAUUAGUGCUGGUGUGUCUCUGGAGGGACAGCAGCUUUUCCAGACUAUACAUAAGACCAUUAAAGACUGUAAAUGGCAAGAGAAGAACAUAGUGGUGAUGGAAGACGUCGUUAUCGCUCCUCCGUACCAAGUGGAAAACUGUAAAGGCAAGGAGGGAAGUGCCCUGAGUCACGUACGCAAAAUAGUUGAGAAACAUUUUAGAGAUGUGGAAAGCCAAAAGGUAAUGCAAGGUUCACAAGCACAGCAAACACAGAAGGAAGCCGCCCUCUCAUCCUGAGUCCUGCCCCCUUCCGAUCACCAAGGGCACUCUUCCAAGAUCCAGCAGAAGCCGACAUGAUUUCUUCAAAGGAGACCGGGGCGGGGGAGGGCCAGGGUUAUAUUUUAUUUCCCGGGGGCUCUUUAACAGGGAGCUCACCACUUCCAAACUUUAGACUUUAAAACAAAAAAAGUGAAUAAUUUAAAAGAUCAUCCAUUACUUGACUAACAACCUUUCUUUUUCUUCGCCAUGUUUUCUCCUAGGACAGUCGGACUUUGUUAAUUUUAUUUUUGACUUCCUCUCUUCUUCCGCCACCCCACACAACACCCCCCCCUUUUAUUUUUGUAAAGGGGGGGGUCCGCCAUUCUCCCCUCCCUCCUUUGACUUAGGAGAAUCUGCUCUUCCCCCAACACCCUGAUAAAAAUAAAAGUAACAAUCUGACUGUGUUAACUGAAUCGGGGCCUUUCUGCCACCGGCAUGGUCCCGUUUUAAUUUUGUUUUGCACAGGGCAAGGCUUGAAUUAGUCUUAUUUUUCUUAUCUUUAAAUAUAUAUAUGAAUAUAUAUAUUAAAAUGUUCUUUAAAUAUUUUCUGCUUCUAGCAGUUCUCUUCACCGGGAUCAUGGCAAAAAAAGAAACCCUCCCCACCCCUAAUUGGCCCUGGCAGACUUGGUGACUUUGCGUGUGACGCUCCGGAGAGUUCGCACCCAUUAAGACUGGGGAUUUGGGGGGCAGGAGAGCCCAGGAGGUGGUGGUGCUCCUGAAAUCGUAAACCGCUUCUGACCACUUUCUUACUGUCCUGUUCUGAAGGCGAGUUGGCCCACUCUGGGAAGAAACAGGCGCUAGGAAUAACACAGGGUGGUGCUGCUAAUUUACCCCUCUCUGCCUCCCACAGUAUGGUACCGCAAAGCCGUCUCUCAUCCACAGUGGGCUGGGAGAUCCAGCGACACGGUGGCUUUCUCGUGCAUUGGCUCACGUCACUGAAUACUGUGCCUGU